AUGCUGAGCGCCCUCUCCACCGGUUUUUCUCUAUCCCUCUUCCUCUCCUGUAUACACGCAGCUCCUGGUGCUUCUGGAUACGGACGUAACCUUCCUCGAGCAUUUCACGCUGGAUCUUCUGCACCUAAUCCAAAGCCCGAGAGAUUUCAACUCACCAUAGAGCUCUGCGGCAUCGCUGGCGGCUACAUUGCGACCGUAUUGAUCUGGGGAAUCCUGCUCCUCACAAUUGGAAGAAAGAUGAGACGAAAGACCGAAUCCACGCCAAAGGCUCUUGAGCUCGAGAUUGUGACUUCAAGGCCGGCUACAAGGAGUCUCGCAUCGCCACUAUCAGCUCGCUCAGCGACCUCGUGGUUCAAGAGAGGCUUCAAAACGAAGGAAACACAAGUCGAGGUAGGCCCUACUAUAAGUAGUCCUACCAGUCCUGUAGUCCAUUCUCCAGGGUCGUUCGACCAAAAGGUUAUCGAUGCCGACCGCAGCCGCGCUCAAGCUGAGAUGGAACGCUUGUAUGCUGCCGUCGCAGAGCAUGAUCGAAAGAAGUCACUCUCCCAGAUCAGCAUGGCUUCAGAAGAGGUGGAAUCAGGCGAGAGGAAACUUCCUAAGCUCAACACCAACACUUCCCGUGUCCAAGAUCGCGAGUUCUCUGCAUACUCAAACCCUGGAUCUCCAGUGAAAGCAAUCUAUCCACCUGGCUACAACAAUGGCCCACCAACUGCUCCCCUCCCUCGAGAACGCCAACGGAACGAACAACCACCCGCAAGCCCUCGUAGCAUCCUCUCAAAGAAGUCCCACAUGUCCAGUGCCUCCAACAGCAGCCGCUCUCGCAUCAAUCUCAAGAACCUACGCAUCUCUGGCCCAAUCCAGAAGUACCCAGGUGGAUCUGACGACGAGGAAGCCCGAACACCACUCUCUCCCCGCUACUACAACCCACCCGCACCCCCAUCACCACCCACAAACCACAAUUCUCCCACCACCCCCGGCACAAUCGAAGAAGUCUACGAGCAACUCGACGAGCCAAAACCCCUCCCACGACCCGCCCCGCAACGCUCCGGAACCUACUCCUCCUACAACACCCCAACAUCAGCAACCGCACCACCCAUGGGCACCGCAUCCGCAAACUCAAGCACACGCGAGCUCCCUCUCCGCGGCUACGCCGAGCCGAUGAGAUCCCCAGACCUCCGUACCACCGUCCUCGACCGCCGCAACGACAAGAUCUCCAUGACCACGCCCAAGACGAGCGUGCCAUACACCCCCUACUCGCCAUACAUGCCCUUCACGCCCAUCACACCCGUGACACCGCACCUCGUGACGAAGUCCGACAGGAAGAACAUGAAGAAGGCGUCAAAGAGACGACUCGCACCGCACCCGGAGAUGAUCCAAUCGCCCAAGGAGAUCUUCGGGGACGCCUACUAA